ACUUCCUGUUUGGUCUACAUACAGGAAAAAGACAGGAAGUCCUUUUUUCCAUAUCAAAACAAGGCUAUGCUUUAAGACUACAUCAUCUCAAUGUCAUACACUUAACUCUGUCAUCCAGUGUGUAUUUAGAAGUUUUAUUCCUUUUAGCGUUUGAUAAAUAAAUUCUUCGUUGGAGAAGGAGCUCUCCUUAGCAUUAAAACAAACGACAGAUGAACGGAGCAGCAUUCCCCUCCUCCACGGCAGAGAUGGCAGAGAACCGUAUUCAGUACGAGCUGGAGUACACCGAGGGGAUCAGCCAGAGGAUGCGCAUCCCUGAGAUGCUCAAAGUGGCUCCUCAGGCCAACGAGGACCUUAAUGUUGGAUCUCAGGAAGUCAUCCCCAGUGUCAUAAUGCAAGUCCCAGAGAGAAUUGUGGUUGCAGGAGACAGUAAUGACCCCCAGUUCUCCAGACCUAGAGACCUGGACCUAAUCCAGUCAACACCACUAGAAACUCUAUCACUGAAGACUCCACCCAGAGUCCUCACCCUCACUGAGCGGCCUCUGGACUUCUUGGAAGAGGAACAGCGGGCAGCUCCAGACACCGAGGAGUUGCGGCACCAAGCACGAGUACGGCGGGAACGCUCAGUCAGUGAGAAUGCAGUUCUCCGUACUAACAGUCAGCUGGUACGGAAUGAUUCUGCUGCAACCCCGCCCCCCCCAGCCAUUGUCCACCCUUGCCCCCCACUCACCGUGACUGAGGAAGAAAACAACUUGUACAGCACUAGUGGGUCUUUCAUCCAGGCUACUCCAAGUCGGGCCUACCGGCAGGUCCUGGACGUCUUGGAUGAGGACCCUCGCAGCAAAACAUCUCUGCGAGGGGGGUCAGCUUCAAGCUCUAACCCCCUGAACGAAUCCAGGUAUGCAUUAUCAGCAUAUGAAGCCACACUGGAUGGGGGGCCUGAUGAUAUGACUGUGGUUGAUGCAACAACACUUCGACGUCAGCUCAUCAAGUUGAACCGGCGACUCCAGCAUUUGGAGGAGGAGAACAAGGAGCGAGCAAAGAGAGAGAUGAUCCUGUACUCAGUCACUGUAGCUUUCUGGCUGAUCAACACGUUGGUGUGGUUGCGACGUUAGACCCGGCCUGUGACAUGCAAGGAGAACGUACAAUCCCUUAUCACAUGUCAGAUGUUAGCUACUCGUUGCACUGAGUCUCAGUGUCAGGAACAGGGCUGAUAAUUUAAUUUUGUUUAUUUAAUACAUGUAUAGUUUUAUUUUUUUACUCUGCUCUCACACGGUCUAGUCUGUUUUCUCAUGUUUUGUUUUUAUUCCAAACCCUCUUGCUUGCUGCUAAGCAUGACUUGUUGUAAAUAUGUCACUCAGAGCUUUGGAAAGAACACAUCUAGAGCUACAGCAUAGCAUAGUUUACCAAAAUAGGAAAAUGGAGAUGUAUCACGUAUAUUUAUUGCAGAGAGAGUAAUAAAUGUAAUACAAUUUAGUAAAACCAUAUAUAUGAAGUGUUGUCCUGUAUUUUUAUUGAAAUGCACUCAUCAUGGUAAUUUUGCUGUUAUUUGAAGAAAGAACAUUAUAUUAGCCUGACAUUGUCUUAAAUUUAACUUGUUUUUUUUUCUUUUUGUUUACACUCUAUAUUUUGAAUCAUAAUUUCUGCCUAAUGCCAAUGUUUUCAUUUCUUAAAUAAAUGAAUAUUACUGUAGGAUUUUUUUUUUUUUUUAAUUCAGAUGCACUGUAAACUGACUUGAAGGUACAGGGCUAGUAUAACCCCAACAGGAACUAUUACCAGUUCAAAGAAGAAUUAUAUUUUCAACACAGCUUUAAAAUUAACAACCAUAUAAACAAAAUGGCUAUGAUAUUUUAUUACUAAAAUAUGACAGUUCAUUACCUUUCACUAAAACAGCUAAGCGUUUUUUAGUUAAAGCAGGUUUAUAAAUGUCUGC